AUGAAUUCGCCAUCGAACCGGAUACUCGCUCAUUUGGCGUUUGCAGAUUUCAUAGUGUUGGUGUCUUAUAUUCCAAAUAACUUGCUGUGGAACAUCGACCGUUAUCGUAGUGAUUUUUGCUUAGCCGAUAGUUACGGGUGGACGAUGUUUUUUUGGUACAACGAUAUUUUCACAUCCACGUUUGAAUUCGUGUCUGUAUUCCUGACAGUGCAAUUGGCUGUAUGGAGAUACAUAUCAGUGGUACAUCCGUGGAAGCAGCGACAGCGGUGCAAUGAGAAAAUUACUCGUAAUGUCAUCAUUACCGGAUAUGUCGUAUGUUGCAUUUUGUAUGCUAUACCUUUUCGUUUGUCAUUUGAUAUCAAAACCAUCAACAAUAAUCAAAACACGAAUGCACAUUACAAAUUCACGAUCGAGGGACAUCUCAUUAUGCACGAAAUACGAAGCUACAUCUACGGACUAGUGAUCAAAUUAUUUCCAUCAGUUCUGUUGGUGUGGUUAACUUUCAAAAUCGUCUUCGGAUUAUCAGCGAGGAAACGCAAUCAUGAGCAAUUGACUGCAUCCACAAGUGCUCCGAGUAACGUGAAAAACUUGGAAAUGAGAAAACAAACCAAUACGUCAACGGUGAUAUUAUUGGCAGUUGUGAUAUCUGUUACAAUAGCUCAUAUUAAUACAUCUAUCACAUUUAUGGUAUACUACAUUCUGAAACUAGACCCAAAAACGUUGAUGGAAACUAGAAAAAUUGUAGACCAGAAAUCCGAACCUUCACCAUGA